GUGGCUUCAUCUUGCUGGAUGGUAAAACGUUUGAGGUGGUUGGUAACUGGGAGCUGCCUGGUGAGGCGGCACCUUUUGGUUAUGACUUCUGGUACCAGCCCCGACACAACGUCAUGAUGAGCACCGAAUGGGGAGCGCCCAAAGCCCUCGCCUACGGUUUCAACCCGGAACAUGUCAAUGAAGGUCUCUAUGGAUCGAAGAUCCACGUGUGGGACUGGACCACUCACAAACGGCUACAGUCCCUGGACCUGGGGGAGGAGGGCGCCAUUCCUCUGGAGAUCCGCUUCCUCCACGAUCCCGCCGCCACGGAGGGCUACGUCGGCUGUGCGCUCCAAGGAACCGUCUUCCGUUUCUACAGGACCCCAAAAGGAGACUGGGCUGCUGAGAAGGUUAUCCACGUCCCCAGUAAGAAAGUGGAGGGAUGGACUUUGCCAGUGAUGCCAAGUCUGAUCACAGAUAUUCUGAUCUCCCUGGACGACCGCUUCCUAUACUUCAGUAACUGGCUGCAUGGAGACAUACGACAGUAUGACAUCACAAACAGGAGGAACCCACGUCUGGCUGGCCAGCUCUUCUUGGGAGGGAGCAUCCUAAACGAUGGCCCUGUCAAAGUACUGGAGGACCCAGAGAAUCAGAGCCAACCACCCCCACGCACAAUCAAGGGGAAGAGGAUCCCAGGGAGCCCCCAGAUGUUGCAGCUCAGUCUGGAUGGGAAGAGACUGUACGUCACCACCUCUCUCUACAGUGGCUGGGACAAGCAGUUCUACCCGGAAAUGAUCAAGGAGGGUUCUGUUAUGAUGCAGAUUGACGUGAACACAGCCAACGGUGGCCUCAAGGUGAACGAGAACUUCCUGGUCGACUUUGGUAAAGAGCCCAAUGGCCCGGCCUUGGCCCACGAGCUACGAUACCCUGGGGGAGACUGCACCUCUGACAUCUGGCUGUAAAGUUACGCAGGAGGCCCCAGUUUUCCCCCUCUCAUUCCCACCAUACUUUACAUAGACUUCAUGUAACUCAUAUUGGUUGGGAACGGGUGGGGAAGGAGGCAUUCUCUCGAUCCUCAUGCUCGAUAAUGCUGCCUAUUCAUUCCAUGCUGCUUUGCUUUAAAUGCAUAAUUGUGCCUUAUGUCAUUGUCUCAMCUAUGGACCCAAUGUUAUUAUCUGUUCUUCGUUACUUCCAAUGCCAGUGGUGAAACUGAGGUUUAAAAAAAUWAAAUAAAUCUAACAUGGAA